AUGGGCCGUAAGUUGGAUCCCACCAACAAGGUGAAGAGAGGGCCGGGGAGAAAAGCCAGGAAGCAAAAGGGAGCAGAGACAGAGUUGGCCAAAUUUAUACCUGAUGAAGAUACAGAGCCAAAACGUCUGUCAAGUAGAGCUAGGAAAAGGGCUGCAAAGAGAACUCAGAGCUCGAAAAAGCCUCAGGAUGUUACUGAGACACAGCCCAAGAAAGGAUUCACUGAUGAAAACAGCAAAUGGUUAAAACCAGCCAAGAGGAAGCGCAAACUUGGUGAGCCUGAGAGCGAGGAUGACAGCGAUGAUGAACACUGGGAGGAAGAUGAAGAUGAAGAGGAGGAGGAACAGCUACAGCCGAAGAAGGGAAGAAAAGAGCAAAAAAAUAAGGAUGCAAAAUUAGAGGUGAAAAAGGAUGAAGACGACGACGAUGAUGAUGACGACGACGAUGAAGACAUGGUUGACGACUAUGGUACUCUUGAUGACGGCAGUGGAGAUGAGGAUGCAGAAGAGGAAAGUGAUGGAGAAGAUCUUCUUCCUAUUGAACGUGCUGCCAAGAAAGACAAGAAGCAGAAAGAUGUUUUGCCAACGGAGAGCGACGACGAUGAUGAUGAGGAGGAGGAGGAGGAGGAUGAUGAUGAUGAUGAGGAAGGAGAGAAAUCUGAUGCUGACAUGGAUGAGGAAGGCACAGUUCAAGCCAACAUUGAUGAAGAGGAAACAUUCAAGCUCCCAGGAGCUGAAGAGGGUAUAAUUCCUCUGGACUUGAAGACGAUCCAUCAACGGAUUAAGGACAACAUUGACGUCCUUUGUAAUUUCUCCUCAAAAAGAGAAGAGGGGAAAGCGAGGGCCGACUACAUGUCUCUUCUGAAGCAAGAUCUCUGCACCUACUACAGCUACAACGACUUCCUCAUCGAGAAACUGAUCGACCUCUUCCCGCUCUCAGAGUUGGUUGAUUUCCUCGAGGCAAAUGAAAUCCCUAGACCCGUCACCAUUCGGACCAACACACUGAAAACCAGAAGACGGGACCUCGCACAGGCUUUGAUCAACAGAGGAGUGAACCUUGACCCCUUGGGGAAAUGGUCUAAAGUGGGCCUGGUGAUCUACGACUCCUCGGUACCGAUUGGCGCCACUCCGGAGUACCUGGCUGGUCACUACAUGCUGCAGGGAGCCUCCAGCUUUCUCCCAGUUAUGGCGUUGUCUCCUCAGGAGGGCGAGCUGGUGUUAGACAUGAGCUCUGCUCCGGGAGGCAAGACCACCUAUAUCGCUCAGCUGAUGAGGAACACCGGAGUGAUUGUGGCCAACGACGCCAACGCCGACAGACUGAAGAGCGUGGUGGGAAACAUCCACCGCCUCGGGGUCACCAACACCGUGGUCUCCAACUACGACGGCCGACAGUUCCCGAAGGUCAUGGGAGGAUUCGACAGAGUGCUGCUCGACGCGCCGUGCUCAGGCACAGGAGUCAUCGCUAAAGAUCCUGCUGUGAAGACCAGUAAGGAUGAGGCGGACAUCAAUCGCUCUGCUCACUUGCAGAAAGAACUAAUUCUGUCGGCGAUCGACUCUGUGAACGCCGAUUCCCCCUCAGGAGGAUAUCUGGUUUACUGCACAUGCUCAAUAACGGUGGAGGAGAAUGAAUGGGUGGUGGACUACGCUCUAAAGAAGAGAAACGUCAAACUGGUUCCCACAGGACUGGACUUUGGCAAGGAAGGCUUUACCAGGUUCAGAGAACGGAGAUUCCAUCCUUCUCUGAAGCUCACACGCCGGUUUUACCCUCAUUCCCACAACAUGGACGGAUUCUUUGUGGCCAAGCUGAAGAAGUUCUCCAAUGUAAUUCCAGCUGCACCGACACAGAAAGAAGAAGAAAGCACGGAGGCACCAGAAGCAGCUGUCGCUACUGACCCUCCUGAGAAGAAACCCUCCGAAAGCCUCAAGACAAAGAAGACUGUGCCACAACAGGCAGGUGGCUUGAAGCAAAUGAGCAAAGCUAACGGCACAGCGGUCAAGAAAGCCACAAACAUCCAGCAGAAAGGCAAAAAGGAUCCAUCCAUCGGACCAAAGAAGGCAAAGAUCGCCAAGUUGGAUGGAGCGGCGGCGAAAGGAGGAAACGCCAAGAAGCCUGCGGCGGAGAAAACGGAUGAGAUUCAAGCAUCAAAAGCUGGCAAAAACAAAGGAAGCCCGUUUGAGAAAAAGAAGCCCAAACAGAGAAAAACACACAUGAAAGCAAAAAAACGGAUGGGAAAAAACAAGUUCAGAAAGCUGACGAACAUGUUGAAAAAAUGUGAAAAAAAGUGAUGGUGAGAAGCACACGAUGAGUGUUAAUAUGUACUAGAUCCCAGCCCAGCUUUGUUACAGCCUUGAACUCCAUCUCUCCAUCAUGUGAAUUUAUAUCAGUCAGCAUGCUGUGUUCAGGCCCUUCAGAGCUGGUUUCCUUAAGUGUGACUGUCACUUGGCCUUGUACAGUUUGAACUCAACAAUGAUCUGUUUGGAAUCAUAUCUCCUUUUAUUUGUAUUACAGAAUAUUAAUGUUGAUUGAUGAGUAACAGAUGGGGACACC